UGGAGGCCGAGCCCGGCCUGCGCUGCCCUGCGGGCCGGCCCGGCCCCGGGCUGGAUGGGGCGCCGCAGCCCAGGCCCGGCCGUGCACCAGGCGGUUGGCAGGUGACGGGCUGGGCUCCCCGAAGGCCGCGGUCGGGGCGAGAUGUCUUGAUGAGUCCUCCCGUGGACCAUGUCCGUGAUCGUCUUCGCCUGCGUGGUUCGGGUGAGGGAUGGGCUGCCGCUGUCUGCCAGCACUGACUUCUACCAGGCCCAGGAGUUCCUGGCGUGUCGGAGGCGGCUGAAGGCUCUGGCUUCCUGCUUGGCCCAGUAUCCCGGUCGGGGCUCCGCCCAGAGUCCCGACUUUAGCAUCUACUUCUCCUCCGCCGGGGACGUGGGCUGCCUGGCUAUCUGCUCCCCCCGGUGUCCGGCCGCCAUGGCAUUCUGCUUCCUGGAGACACUCUGGUGGGACUUCACCACGUCCUACGACCCCACCUGCAUCCGCCUGGCCUCCCGCCCCUACGCCUUCCUGGAGUUCGACAGUGUCAUUCAGAAAACCAAGUGGCAUUUUAACUGCGUCAGCUCCGCUCAGCUGAGGAGUAGCGUGGAGAAAAUCCAGGAGGAGCUGCAGUUCCUGCCCCCCACCGUCCUCACCCUAGAAGACACAGAUACCGCCAACGGGACCCUGGCCAACGGUCAUGCGCCUGCGUACUCCGAGCCUGCUCCUAAUUUCCGAAUGGAGCCUGUGACAGCUCUGGGCGUCCUCUCGCUGGUCCUGAACAUCAUGUGUGCCGCCUUGAACCUCAUCCGCGGGGUGCACCUCGCAGAGCACUCCGUACAGGUCACCCCCGAGGAGAUUGGGAACAUCCUGGCUUUCUUCAUUCCCUUCACAGCCUGCAUGUUCCAGUGCUACCUGUACCUGUUCUACAGCCCGGCGCGGACGGCCAAGGCGGCGCUGGGGCUGCUGUCCAUCUGCCUGGGCAACGCCUACCUGCACGGGCUGCGCAACCUGUGGCAGAUCCUGUUCCACGUGGGCGUGGCCUUCCUGGCCUCGCACCAGAUCCUGCGCCGGCGGCCGCGGGAGCGCGAGCGGGAGCGGCGCGGGGCCUGCGGCGGCGGCGUGUGAGCCGGGAGCGCGGCCCGCCUCCAUCCACCUCCGACCCAGACAAGGCCGGCGGCCGCGGGAGCGCGAGCGGGAGAGGCGCGGGGCCCGCGGCGGCGGCGUGUGAGCUGGGAGCGCGGCCCGGCCCCGUCCUGGCCCGCCUCCCUCCGCCCC